GCUGGGAUGGCCUCUUGGAAACGGUAGAAAAGGCAGGUGGUUGCUGUUUCGCAUGGUUGCUGCCACCCUUCCACUUGUUUCUUCGGUUUGGGCUGCGCCCUGUUCCCCCCCCCCCCCCCCAAUCACGUUCUUUCAAAGCCGGGCUUUUAUCUCUCUUCAACUCAAUGUACAAGUCUUUCGUGGUUCUUGCAUUGGCAGCGCCAUUUGCAGUGUUUGCCGCACCAAUUAACAAACGACAGACGCCGAGUUUAGCUGCAACGGUACUCAAGUUCGCUGACGUCCUGAAUCAAUUCGAGGCGCAGUUCUACCAAGCGGCCAUGUCAAAAUUCGUAGACUCCGACUACACAGAUGCUGGCUUUGUUUCCAGUCGAAUACCCUUAGAGCAGUUCACCAUCAUUCAAAACGACGAAACCUUGCAUUCUUCUUUUCUUCAGAGCGGUUUAGCUGCUCUUGGAGAAAGUCCUGUGACUUCCUGUAAAUUCAAUUUGGACGCGGCGACGAAAGAUGUGGCUACUAUGACAGCGACUGCUCGGGUUGUAGAGAACUUGGCUGUGUCUGCAAUCUUGGGGGCGGCACCUCUCGUUGGUGAUCCAGUGAUAUUACAGGCUGCUGCGAGUAUUUUAACGGUGGAGGCGAAGCAUCAGUCCAUGCUCAAUGUCCUAUCGAGUACUGGAAGUUCGAUCCCGAGUGCGUUUGAUAUUCCUUUGGCGCCCAGUGAGGUGCUAGCGAUUGCUGCUCCAUUCUUUGAUGGUCCUUGUGAUUUGGGUAUUCCAGCUUUCCCUACACUCACGAUCACCAACGACGGACCUGUUACUCCUGGAACCAAGCUAACGUUGAAAUCUGACGCUAUCAAUGGUACGAUCUGUGAAGAUGAACUCUUCUGUCAGAUGCUCCUCGGAGGUUUCCCCAACUCUAUCACAGUUCCAUUCAACAACUGCGUCGUCCCGGCUGGCUUGAAUGGUCCGAUGGCCAUUUGGGUGACAUCGGACGAACAACCCCUCCUUUUCAACUCUGUCGAUCGUCAGACGAACAACAACAAGCUUGUCGCGGGGCCGACGAUGACAUUUGUCGAUACUCAGCCUCAAACGCUGGUGCAGAUGUUGAGAGCUGAAAAUGCUGGGACCGUGACUAGUAAGGUUAUUACCGGAGGGGAAGCUUCGAGCGGGAGUGGAAGUGGGACGAAUAGUACCUCGUCUGUGAACAAUGGUGUGACGGAUGGAGGAGUUCCAGUUUUGACAACUGGAUUUUCGGCGGAUGGAAAGAUUAAUGUGCUUGGAUGGAAUGUUACGGAUCCUCAGGGACAGUGAGGUCGUUUGAUUCCUCAAUUUCGCCGUCGCAUGAAAGUGAGGUAGCCUAUUCUGCUCAUUUCGGACAUUUCCCUUCGACUUCGUUUACUUCUAACCCGGUGUAGCAUCCCUUCUUCCCUGUUCGUGAGCGGUUUGUAUGUAUUUAGAACUAGUGUGUAUUUCAGUGAAUGUAAACGUGUAUAAGAAAGUGAUCCUC